GUCUAUAUAAAGUGCCGGGGGAGGAGCCGGUGAUAAAUGCGAGCAGCGCUGAAGGGAAGCUACGACUCCACCGAGGUUCUCCUUCCGCCGUCUGUGUGUGCUGAGAGCAGUCUGAUAUCGCUGGGAGGAAAAUGUCCUGUGGGCUAUGGAAAGAGACUGUGGUCCUGGCAGAGGACUACCUGUCCCUGUGCUGUGCAGGCCCACAUCAAGCCCCUCCACCUCCCAGCGAGUCAGCCGCUGCCAUGAGGCGUCUGGCCCAAGACAUGGAGAAGCAGCACCAGGCUCGCUUCCACUCCCUCACUCAGGCCUUCCUGAGGCAGUGCGGGCCGGACUUCUGCUCCAGCCUCAGGAUGGUGAUGGAGGAGCUGGUGGAAGAUGGACACUUGAACUGGGGGAGGGUUGUUUCCCUUUUCACCUUUACUGGGGUGCUGGCCAGACAGCUGCUGGAGCAGAAGGACACAAAGCCGGGGCUGGACCCCGGGAAGCGACAGGAACUGGGACAGAGGCCUGUAAACUGCAGAGGACUGGCAGAGACCAUAGCUGAUUACUUGGGAGAGGAGAAGAAAGACUGGCUGUUGGAGAAUGAUGGAUGGGAAGGCUUCUGUAAGUUCUCCCUCAGUGCCAGAAAGGCGAGUCAGGACUUGUCCAUGAAGACAGCGCUGUUUGCUGCUGCCGGUGUCGGCCUCGCUGGACUCACCUUCCUCCUGGUGCGCUAACCAGCCUUCUGCAUCCAUACCCACGCCAUCAUCCAUGUUUUCAGUUUAUUUGACACAACUACGUAGACUUUUGAAUUCUAACAGUAAUGCUGGAAUCUGUAGUGAAUUCAGGGUUCAUGUACAUCAAUUGAAUGUUUGCACAUACUCGGACCCCACACACAUUAAUACUGACGUUCUGUCACUUGCUCCUUAAGAUUGUAAAAACGAUUUCAAUGCCUUCAGUAAUUUUGGAGUGAGUGACAUCAGUUUGCAUAUCUUAGGUUAAUUACUAAAGCACAGGCUUCUGCACAGAAUCGCCUCUCUUUUGAAGUUUGUAUUGUCAACUGUGCAGCUAAAAGGCAUAAUCUCAUUUUCCCCACAGAUUUUUUUUUUUUUUGAUUUUUACAAUUAUCAGCUGCCUUUUCACAGGCUUACCUGAGUUGUGUAUGUGGUAUAGAGGCAUUCUAGUGUACAAUGUAUAAAUUAAUAUAUUAUAUUUAUAUGAAAUGAAAGCGUGAGCAAUGGCCCUUUUCUAUCCGAUCCACAGUUAAGUUGGUUGUUUUUCAAGUUGGUCCUACAUUCAUGUGUUAAUGUCUGUGAUUUACGAGGUCAGCUGAGCUGCACAGUGCAGCGCUGAUGACCACACAACGGUGCUAUAAUAUGUUGUGAAAUGUUUCUCAUCAAUCCACCACACCAGGGACCAAUCUGAUUUCAGACAUAUUGCUCUUAGAACAAACCGUUGCUAUAAGCCCCCCCCCCCCCAAAUCUCUGAAACAUUAUAUUUUUACAUUGUUUUGUUUUAUUUAUUUGUCACCGUUUUUGUAAUAAAAGGAAACAAUCGUGGA